AUGGCCUCUACCUCUGCUUCUCUCGAACAAACUGUGUUGGACAAUCACCCCAUGCCUACUAACUGGUCUGCUAAUAAGCCUAAAAUUAUUGAAUUUUAUGGUUUCGAAGGUGAAGACUUUCGUUACUUCCGUUCUGUACUAGAAACAUUUUUCUCUCUUACUGGUAUUACCCAAGACCUUCGACGUGUUAAUGUCUUACGUACCCAACUCCGUCGCUCUGCUGGUGUUUUCUUUGACAAGUACUUGGAAAAGCAUGAUCUUACUGUUGGUAAGAUAUCCUACAAAGAAGCCAUCCAAAUAUUGCAAGAACAUUAUAUCACGGAACAAAUUAUUCAAAACUAUGAAUUGGCGUUUAAUGAAAUGCAACAAUCUCCUGGUGAAUCUCCCCAAGUUUUUCUUUCGCGACUAUAUGAAGCUGCUGAUCUCGCGGAUAUUCAAGAAGAAAAAUUAAUACACUCUCGUUUCCGUGCUGGUUUGCUCCCGGCGCUCAAGACUUUCUGUCGCGAACAAUCCGCAAGUUCUUUUGACCAAUGGGUUAAACACGCUGAUGGUUGGUGGAAUGCCCAUGCUCCUACUUCGAUAAACUUGGUCGAAAAUCCUUUUGUCUCCACGCCCAAUUAUUCUUAUUCUACUACUGGUAUUCCUCAAAGUAACAAGUCUGAAAAUGAAAAAUCUGUAAGGUUUCUAAAUGAUAGGGUUAGUACUUUGAAAAAUAUUGAUGGCAAAACACAUAAAUCAAACACAAAGGCGUAUGCUAGUGAAGAGUCACCUACUAUGACAGCUUUGACUGCCAAGUUGGAGGCACUUGAUCUUCAUCAGUUGAUACCUUUGAUUGAUUCAAAUGAAACUACCCAUGAAAAUAUUAAACAAAGUAUGACCGAAUCAUGGAAAACCGAUAAAGGUUUGAAAACUUUUAUCAAGAACAUCGUACAAGAAGUGGUGGAAAACGAUGUAAAAGAAGACGCUUAUAACAAUUACUCUGACAAUAAAAGAUAUCAUUCAAAAAAACCUUAUAGAAGAAAUUCUUAUCAAAAGGACGAUUAUUAUUUUGACAAUGAUGCUGCUAGUCCUGCUGAAGGUUACUACCUUUCUCGUCGCCAAUAUGAACAACAACAACAAGAUAACCGGCCUCGCAAUAAUUAUAAUAAUGGGUAUAAUUACAAUCGUAAUUCGUAUAAUCAAUCAGGAAGACAACCUUCUUACAAUAGCUCGGGUUCGUAUAAUUAUAACGACAACGCUCAUCAAAGUCAAUCUACGGGAAAAUAUAAUUCUCAACCUUAUAAUGGAUACCAAAAUUCACAUGGUCCUUCUUCGAAUCAAAACGCUUAUUCUCAUAAUAAUAACAGUAAUCCUCAAUCUUACCGUAACAAGGAUAACUCACGACAAAAUAACAAUUACCAAAAUGGACCCCAACCGUCAAAAAACUAA